UAUAAAUAAUUUAACAACUUAAAUUAGAAAAAUAAUAAAAAUCCCGGGCGUAGCCCGGGUUAAUCCCUAGUAUAUAUAUAGAAUAGCCUUUUGACGUCAAAAAAAAAUAAAAAAAAUAUAUAAGCUGUAAAAUGUAAAUGUGAUUGCAUGUGUGAAACUGGACUUUGCAAGACUGCUGGCGACAAACUUUAUUAGUUAGAUACACCAGGUAAUCAAAUUUAAAGAUAUCUUUUUACAAAAAAAUAAUAAUUUAAAGAUAGCUAGAGAAAAAGGUUAGUAUGGGGCCCUUCAUAUUUCACUUUAUUUGCAUUUUAUUCUGCAAGCACUUUUAUUGGGUUUUUUUUUAUCCAAAAACUUUUAUUGGUUUCUUAAUUGACGUGUUAGACAAAAAUAUAUUCCCUCCGUUUUUUAAUAUAAGUCGUUUUAGAAAAAAAAUUUUGUUCCAAAUUAUAUAUCGUUUUCGGUUUUCUAUGCAACAUUUAUUAAUAAUUAAUGUUGUCUGACCAAUGAUAAUAUAUCUUUUAUUUUUUUAUUGGUUGAAUUGUGGUUAGGUAAAUAAUUAAUGAUGUUUUUGUUUCGAAAAUAUAAAAAACUAAUGAAUUUCUUAAUCUAUGUGUAUAACUUUAAAACGAUUUAUAUUAAAAAAUGAAGGGAGUAUUAUCAAAACAUGUUUUCAAUAUAAAAUAAACUAUUCUUAAAUAAUAAUUAUUGUACAUGUCUUGAGUUUUAGGUAAUAGCAGCAAUUUGCGAUAAAAAGUAAUAAUACUAGCUGUCCCAAUUAUUAGAGUCAAUACAAAAAUGCAAUUUGUGAAGUUUUUCUUUCUUUUUGAAUGGUACUGAGCUUUGAUUUGAUUUGUUUUUUGAGAAUAUAUCCGCAUAGACAUUGGAUUGCGCAGAGAAAACAAAUAUUGAAACCUCACAAAAUAGGAGGACACCACAACAAAGGUUGACUUCUUAGGAAUCACAAAGCCAAAACGAGUGUCUAUAAAGUAGCAACUAGACAGCACAAAACGAUAAAAGACCGAGUCUGUCGACCAUUAACCUUAUAUGUAAAUAAAUAAUCCUUAAAAAAUUCGAGUUAAUAGCCCCUUAAAACUUAUGUUCAUUAAUCACUUGUCAUUAUUCACUGUAAUAGAUGAUGAAGGAAGAAGCAUGUAAGGAAGGGAUAGACUUCUCUUUCCAACAUAAAUGAAGCAGGCGCCGACGUUAGCAACAAUGCCAUUGCAUUUUUUUUUGUCUGAAUGCCAUCCCAUUUAUUAACUCUCCCCUUUAUCCAUGUAGUAGUAUUAGGUGAAGAAAACCAUUUAUUACUCUUUUCGCUAUCUUCUUCACUUCUUCUCUCUUCUGCUUCUUCUAAUCAAAGCUCUGUCUUAGAUGCUUGCAACAACUUACAACUAAGCCAGUUUUUUUUUCUUCUUAUAAAGAACCAACAAAUGGGUUUUGUUUAAUGGGGUUGUGCUUUUGUCAAGGAACGAGUCGUGGCUGUUUUUUUUUCUUUUACGAGUCUGUUGACUUGGCUAUAAUAGAAUUAUUACUACACCAUACAUUUUAGAGAAGAGAAAGAAAAAAAACUUUCUAGACACGGAAAGGGGAGAGACUUUUCUCAAAGGAGAGAAAGAAACAGAACAUCCCAAAAGUUCAAAAACCUCUCCAAGGAUUUGGCUUUCUUUUUUUUUGUCUCUCUUCUUUCUCUACUUCGCCCCCACGACAAGAAAUUCUCUGUCUCUCUAUAUAUAUCUCUCCCUCACCAUUUCUAUUCUCUCCCUCUCUCUCUCUAUACAAUCUUAACCUUCUCUCGAGUUACAAGAGCUGUUUCUUUGAUUCAUCAAUGAUUUCUUGACAUCUUUUGCUUCUGCUUCGUCUCUCUCACUCAUUUUUCAUCCCAACCUGGAUCCGUAAACCCACUCAAUUUAUGCUUCUUUCUCUUUCUCCUCUUCAUCAUAAUUUAAAAUCAUACCGCGUUGACCUUUAUCUUCUGGUCUCCGCUCAAGUUUCUGUUUAAAGAAUUUCACAAAGUUUCCAUCUUUUACCUUUGUUCUUGUCCCUCUCCCUCUCUCUCUCAUCAAGUUGAGAUUCAAUGGCGAGCAAGUCUGGUCAGAGAGUCCGGUUGGUUAAAUGCCCCAAGUGCUUAAAGAUUCUUCAGGAAGACGAAGAUGUUCCUGUUUACCAGUGUGGUGGCUGUUCUGCCAUCCUCCAAGCUAAAAGACGGACCAUUGCUCCAAACACUACACCAAGUGCAGGAGAGGCAGAGGGUGCUCACGCCAGUGAGCCUGAAACCAACAAUGUGUCCAUCAGCUCAGAGCAGGACACGGUUCUUCCACCAACCACAGGUCGUUCAUCAGGUCAAGUUGAUGAGAAGGCUAGGGAUGUAUCCAUGGAGUCUACUGAGAAGCAGCCCGGUGACUCUAUUGGAGAGGAGGGGAAUGAAAACCAACUCCAAGAACACUCACCUAGUGAUUCUGACAAGAACGAAAGUGAAGACAACUCCAGCAGAUUCAAGUCUGAUGUAAAACCCGUAGCAGAAGCUAUGGGAGAGGGGACUAGCUCAGGAAGCUCGAAUGCUGGUCAUGUGGUGGAUGCAAGAACGAGUAAUUCGUCUUCUCCGGUUGAAGAGGAGCAAAACGAAGAUGAUUACUUUUUCAACCGUCACAGGGAGUCAACAGAUGAUCUUCCUGCAAACAAGACUCCUUCUACCUAUGAUGGGAGUGAGUCUUCCUCUGACGAAAGAGAAGAACUUCUAGAUGAAAACGAACAAUGGAAAGCUCUCCAGGAAAUAAGCUCAGUCAAAUUCCAAAUGCAGAGAUACCCUGAGAAUUUGAAAGAGCAAAGAAGAGGUAGUUCCUCCUCAUCCACUUUCUAUGAGAAGAGGCCGUCCAAUGUAACUCCAACCACAUACAUGGAACGGUAUCAGAACAGGUCUCUGCAACUCGAGGGACCAGGAGGACGCCUUGGAAGACAAGGGAGGAGACAUGUGACAGAACAACUUCGGCCUAACUUGCCUCUCUAUCCGAGAGAACCAUACAACACACGCGUAAGCCCUUCAUAUCCAUCGCAAGAUGAGUUUGAUGGCUAUUCACGUGCACACUCGCUUCAAAGGCCUUCAUACGAGAGUGUUGUUAACCAUAUGUAUCACAACAGCACGAGGGCAAGAGGUCGAGGCCAAGGAAGUAGGUUCUCAGGAGAGAUGACCAAUGAUAGAAGAAACCAUCCCGGUUGGUAUUCAGGUUCUUACAGUUCAUACCCUGCAAGUCCACAGAGGCCACCAAUGGAACAACCACCUGCGUAUUAUCCGAGAAGAUGGAGCCACGAGAUAGUCUCUGAUGCGGAGGAUCAUCAGCGUUAUAGACAUGCCGGCCACCACCACCAUGACAUACAAGCCCGUCGUUUAAAAGAGAGACAACAACGUGUGGCCAAGCGUCAUAUCCGUCCAACAGCAGGUGGGGCCCCUUUCGUUAGCUGUUACAAAUGUUCAGAGAGCCUACAGCUUCCUGUAGACUUUCUCAUCUUCAAGAGGAAGUAUCAUCUCCUCAGAUGCGGCAGAUGCACCACUGUUCUCAGAUUCUCACUUCAGUCCAGAACUCAUUUAGUUCCAGCAGUAAAACGUGACAUAAACGCUAACAGGAGUAGCAAUACAACAUCAGAAUCUCCCAGAGACAAAGCUCCUUCCAGAAAACCAGAGAAGCUGAGCUCAUCUGCUCAAGAAGAGGAGGUGCCUCUAGCUAGAGGCUCUCCGCUUCAUCGGCUAAUGGGAUACUCUACUGUAAGCCAAGUGUUUAAAGCCUCUCAGCGUCCUCCUUCUCUGUAGAUUUUGCCAUUGGUUUAUCAUUCUUUUUCUCACAUCUGUGUAUACUUAAAAGAUUUAUUUAUGCACUUCUGUUUAAAGUAGAGAAACCAUAACAUUUGUGCAAAUUAUACACACAAGAUAUUGUAGAUAAUUAUGUAGUAUUUGUAACAAUAUUGAGUUGGCUUUA